AUGGUCGCCGCUAAUCCAACGCCUAAAAGAAACGUCGUAUCCAUUGGUGCAUCUUCAGCAGCCAUGGGAUUUACAUUAUCGUGGAAGGAGAAUCCUCCAAGCACACAUCGCCUUAUUCUCAUUGAGGUGAAGACACAUUACAAUUGGGUCUACGCCUUUCCUCGAGCAUCCGUCAAGAGUGGCUUUGAACGAGAAUUGUUCAUUCCAUAUGCUGGAUUGUUCGGCUACAAGGAUGAUGUCGGCAAAGUUGUUACAGCUCGCGUCACGGCUAUUCAUAAAAAUUAUGUCGAGUUGGAUCGUGAGGUCCCUGAAUUUGGCACACGCAUUGAGUUUGAUUACUUGCUUUAUGGUGCAGGCACCACCAUUCCCCAACCCGGUCGAUUGCUCUCCGAAACUAAAGCUGAAGGCAUUUCGAUUUUGAAACAAUACCAAAAAGUCAUUCGUGAAUCCAAACAACCCAUCAUCAUUGGUGGUGGUGCUGUUGGUCUUGAAUUGGCGGCCGAGAUUAAGGAAGAAUAUCCCGACAAGCAGGUGACCCUGAUUCAUUCACGAUCACGAUACAUGGCUCGAUACAAACAAAGUUUGGAUUCCUUCACUUAUGGCAUUCUCAAAAAGCUUGGUGUGAGACAAGUAAUGGGUCAACGCGUAAAUUUGCCUGAAGGCGGCUUUCCUUUGGAAGUCAAGCCUGUUGAAGUCACGACCAAGACUGGUAAAAAGAUCCAAGGCGAUUUGGCAAUUUUGUGUAUCGGCAUGACACCCAAUAGCGAGCUGCUGGGCAAGCUUUCUUCAAAGAGCGUGAACAAGCAAACAAAGUUUGUCAAGGUGAAAGAUACUAUGCAAAUCGACGAUGACGAAUACCCACACAUCUUCGCCGCUGGUGAUGUUAUUGAACAUACCGAUGUUAAGACCGGUCAUUUUGCUUGGAUGCAAGGUUUGACCGCUUUGGCCAAUAUUCUCAAGCUCAUCAAUGGUGGAUCAUACGACGACUUGGAGCCCUAUGUGAGCAAAGAUGUUGCUUUGAUCAAGAUUGCUCUUGGCGAGAAGGAGGCUGUGAUGCAAACCAAUGCAUGGGGACCUUUGGUUGCUGUUGGAACUUGGAUAGCGGGAAGGAGCAUUCCUCGUAACCUGUAA